AUGAAAGCGAUCCAGGUCAAAGAAUACGUGGGCGUGAGUAACAUCCCAAUGAUUGACUGGACCAUACACCGUAGAGACAAGUAUACUGACAAUCACCCCCAGGGCCCCCUCGAACUCAACGUAACCACCCUCGCCGCCCCCCAACCCACCCCCGACCAAUACACCCUCGACGUCCACGCAACCUCGACCAACUUCUUCGACCUCCUCCAAAUAGCCGGCAAAUACCAAUACCAGCCGCCCCUCCCCUGGACCGCCGGCCACGAAUUCGCCGGCAUCAUCACCGCCGUUCCCACUUCCCCUCCCAACGGCAAAGCGAAAUUCCGCGUCGGCGACCGCGUCUUCGGCGCUGCUCAAGGCGGGUAUGCGCAGCAGGUCGUUACGACAGAGGCGAGUCUGCGCCCGGUACCGGAGGCGAAUAGCUUGUUCGAAGCAGCGGGCUUCUUCACCACGAUGCCAACCUCUUACGCCGCGCUCGUAACACGCGCGCAGAUAAAAGCCGGCGAGUGGGUUCUCGUGCACGCUGCAGCCGGCGGCGUAGGCCUAGCCGCCGUCCAAAUCGCCAAAGCCUUCGGCGCAAAAGUCAUCGCGACCGCCGGCACACAGCACAAACUCGACGUCGCGAAAGCCUUCGGCGCGGACCACGGCAUCAACUACCGCGACGCCGACUGGCCGGACCAAGUGCGCAAACUCACUCCCAACAGCAAGGGGGUAGAUAUAGUCUACGACCCCGUGGGCCUGAUCGACAAGAGCAUGAAAUGCAUCGGCUGGUGCGGGCGGCUCGUCGUGAUCGGCUUCGUCGGCGGGACCAUCGAGAGCAUCCGCACGAACAAGAUCCUGCUCAAGAACAUCUCCGUCAUGGGACUGCAUUGGGGCGCGUAUAGCAAGAACGAGCCCGAGGAGAUUGAGCGCGUGUGGGAGGGCUUGUUUGAGCUGUUUAAGAGUAAGAAGAUCCAGGGGACGAAUUAUACGGAUAAGGAGUAUGUGGGAUUGGAGAGCGUGCCGGAGGCGUUGAGGGCGCUGGGGGCGAGGGAGACGUGGGGGAAGGUGGUGGUGAAGGUGCCGCAGGGGGGUGGGACCCAAUCAAGCACGCAUCAGACACUGCAGGACAGUAAAGAACACGUCUCCACCGUCGACUCUGAGCCCACUGACAGCGACAAACAGACUCGCGCAGCCCCAGCCCCAUUGCUCGUCCUCCCAUCAACGACCUACACGCCCCCAUCCCACAGACGCUCCCAAUCCCACCCCGUCGAGCAGCUCCUCCAACCCACCACAUACACCCCACCCACCCGCAAACGCCGCAGCGCCCCUGCACCCACAAAUCCGAAUAAGGUAAUCUACUUCACCCCCCUCGCGACCAAAGGGAGUAAACUCGCGCUUAGUGAGCCCUUCGACCCUUUGCCCUCCCCAGCGGCUUCGCCGACGCCUACGAAGGAGUCCUUCAAUCGGGCUGAAGUGGCGCGCAAGCGUCCCUGUCGUCGGGACUCUUUUCGGAAGGCGAGGGAGGGGAUUGUGAGGUUGGGGCAGGGGCAUUUGGAGAAGCUUGCGCGGGCUUUCGUGGAGGCGCCUGUGGUCAAAGAGGGGUUGUAUCGGCCACUGUCGGGUGGGGCAGAAGCGCGGGAGGGAACGGGCGAGGCGGAGCAGCAGCAGCAGCAGAUGAGGGUGCGGUUAAGAGGUAUUGCGUUGACGGAUUCGCAGAGACAGGGGGCGCCGGUCGUGUUCGCGACGGAACGGUAUCGGGACAGUCCGAACGUGCUGAAUGUGGGGGGCGAGAGCUUCUUGAACCAGCCGUAUGGAAUUGGGUAUCCGUAUGAUUGCUGCGUUCAUGUUGAGCGGAGCGGGCAUGGCGCGGAGGAGAAGUGUAAGGUGUUGGCUUGUAUCAUUGAUCCGGUGGUCGAUAGGUGGACGGGGAAUAAGAUUUAUGAUCUUGUGGCGGAGGUGGAUAUUACGGAAGCCGUGAUCUCUGUGGUGCUUGCGGAAAUUGCGCAACAAGCCGGCAUGAGCGAUGUCAAGAUCGAGGCUGGUGGGCCGGAAGAGGUCAAGUCGGUGGUCAGCAACGACAGCAUCAACGCGAUCGAUUGGUGUGCUUUGGCUGACGAUCUCCAGUCCGAGUAUGAGCUCGAUGCGCUCGUCGAGACCGCCAGCUCGCUUUUCUCGCUCCUGGACGCCACAAACUGCACCUCCCAGACGCUGGCGCUGCUCGCUGACCUCGAGCGCCUGAAGCGCAAGCACCAGGACUUCGUCGUCGUCUCAACCAAGCCGCACCCAACAAACCCUCAAGCUGCGCCAGCUCGAGCAGGCGUGCCGUGGAUCUCCGAGCACUUCGAAACGAAGCUCCACAGUGAGCUGCCGGAAGAAGACAGGCGUGCUUUCAGGGCCAAGGUGGUUGUGAUAGUUGCGCAGAGAGCUGCGGAGCGCAAGCCCUUCUCGACUGCUGUUGCAUUGGCUGGGAAGGACGUCAAGGUGUUCUGUGCUCCGCUGGAAGCAGUGGAUCGUUGGGCGGGAGACGCUUGGGUUUGCUUCGUCGGUGAGGCUGUGUAA